AUGAAGUUGGAAUUUGAGGCAGUGCCAACAAGGCAAUCGGCUCUCUCCAAAGGGCUGGCAAUGUCGCCGAACAUGCUUCUUCGCGUCGCUUGUCGCACUCGCGGCGCGAUUUUCCACGGGCGACUCGUCGAGGCGACGGCGUCGUCGUUCGUCAAAACGCCUCAGAGGUGCUCGACGACCGGCGCCUUCCGACACCUCGACAAGCUCAUCAUCGAGACCCGGGAUGAUGCUUUGGAGGUUGGGGGAAUCUCAAAAAGGGCUUUUAUAAAACUCAGAGGUGUUUUCGAAGUCUUUUUUUAUUCAAGAAAGCACCUAAAAGGAGGGAAAUAAGCUUUUUAUAAGAAUUAUUAGCACUUUUCGAAGACUUUUGCAGCAGAAAGGCCUUUUUUAAGAUGAUAAAAAGGCCUUCUGCAAAGUUUCAAACCUCCCAAUGUGUCCUAUAUCUUUUCCAGCGAUUUAAAAAAGAUGCAAAAAAGCCUCGGUGUUUUUUAAAACCUCUCUAAUUGAAUGGUUUGAAAUGAAAAAAAACAAUGCCAAAUUUAAGAUUGCCAGCCGCUUAAAUAUCGAGGAGCAGAGAUUACUGAAGGAGGCCUUGAUUGCGGUGGCUGCCGAGAAAAAGCAUGUAAGAAAAUCUCGAUUUUCCAAUGAAAUCAAGAAAAUUCUAGGAGGAUUUGCCGCUGACUAGCGACCAGGUCCGAGGCCUUUUUAUCGUCAACGCACUGCCUUUCAUUGGGUUCGGAACUCUGGACAAUAUGAUCAUGAUCCUCGCUGGCGAGUAUAUUGAUCAGGUAGAUUUUCAAGAGUUCUGUCACGAAAUCGUGGUUCGAAAUUGGCAGACAAUGUCCUGAAAUCAUGGAGGGUUGGCAAAAAACUUUAAAAAAAAAAAUCGAAAAUUCAUUUUGUAAAGUUCAAUUGACUGGCAGAAGCAAUUUUUUUUUAAGUCAAAAGGGAUUGGUAAUUCGAUGGCAAAAAAUUUUUUUUCUUCGAACAUGAAGGCGUUGCUCGGCAUUGAGCCGGGGGAGAUGAAGUUUUUUUAGAUUCCACUUUCUUUUUUUGUAAAUAUCAGUGAAUAAACUAUUAUUAUUCGAAGUUCAAGGAAUCAAAAUAAAGGAUCAAUAGGGCUGUUGUAACAAGUAUUUCAGUAUGUAUGAGAAUUUUUUUUCAGAAAUUUUAACGUUUUCUUCAGAAACUGGGCACGGUCCUCUGUAUUUCGACAAUGGCGGCGGCGGCCUUGGGCAAUUUGAUAUCUGACAUUGCCGGCGUCGGCUUGGCCCAUUAUGUCGAAAUCGGUGUCCAUAAAGCUGGAAUCAAACAUCCAGUUCUGACGCCUGAACAGAUGGAGAGCUCCAAGGUUUUUUGUAUGAAUAAUUAAAAAAAUUGAAAAUUUCGGGAAAAAAAAGAGGAAAAGCUUUCAUUUUUCAGCUUCUGUAGGUCAUUUGAAGGCUAGUACAUUGGAGUGUUUUUCAGAGAAAAAAAAACUAAGCCUUGUUGAUAACAAAAUCGGAAAUUCUUCCCAGAAAAAUAACCGGUAAAAGUAAAAAAAAAAUUUUUACUUACCAAUAGGCGGGACCUCCGUCUCGGAAAAGUCGGAAUGGUAGAUAAUGGUCGCUAAAAGGGAGAGGCUAAAAAAAGGUCGCAGAGAGGAAACAAAAAAGUCCCUUUUUCGAGCCUUCCAUUCUUUUUUGGGAUUUCAAAGGCUCAAGAAACGGUGGAAGAAGGGAGAGGCAGCAAAAAUGGUGCAUAAAAGCCGAUGAAAGGGUGCAAAAAGGCAGCAAAAUAGGAACUUUUGUUACCCUAAAAGGAACAUUUCUUGAAAACAUUUCAUUGAAAAGUUGUUUUAUCAAACAAAUACCGUUAGCUAUAAAUUCGGAAAAGAUUUUUCGCUACUUUUCCGAGAACAGAGAAGGCAGGAAUUUGUUAAUUCAUUAAUUUCAACUUUUUAUAUUGUAAAAAAGGACAGAUUGCUAUGUAAAUAAAGACUAACUGAAGUAGUUUUUGAGUUUCAGGAAACACGUGUAAAAUCUUUUCCCAUUUCAUUGGACGGGACCCUUUAGUGUAUGAAAAUCAGAAAAUCUAGUGUUAAAAAAAUAAAAAAAAAAGACGGUUUUCACAGGCUCGUUACACGACAAAUAUGGCGAGGGCCUGUGGUCUGACCAUCGGUUGCCUGAUUGGAAUGUUCCCGUUGCUCUUUUUCGACGACGAGGACAAAAAGAACGAAAAUUAA